AUGAUUCUUCUAAUUGAUUCAUAUGAUUCAUUCACUAAUAACUUAGCCCAUUUACUUAAACAGAAUGCUAAUCAAGAAGUAACCACCAUCCACAAUGAUUCUUUUACACCUUCUGAAUAUGAAUAUUUUUACAACCAUUUCUUGCCACAAUUCGAUUAUGUUGUCAUUGGACCGGGACCAGGACACCCUUCGAUUGCAGAAGAUGUAGGUAUUAUCAGUUGGCUUAUCAAAAGGCUAAAAGCAGAGGAAUAUCCUAUUCCUAUAUUGGGUAUUUGUUUGGGAUUUCAAAGUUUAUGUUAUGAAUUUGGCAAUGAAGUAAUGGAAUUGGAUAAUGUCAGACAUGGACAGAUAUAUAAAAUACAUCCAAUGGGUGAUGAUAAGUUAUUUGCAGGAUUGGACGGAUUUGGAAGUGUCCGAUAUCAUUCCUUAUGUGUUGAAGAUUUAAAUGAUGAGAUUAUACCCUUGGCAUAUUGUUACGAGCUGCAGGAUGAUGGAAGUGAUAGGAAGAUCUUGAUGGCGAUGAAACAUCGAGUAUUUCCAUUUUAUGGUGUUCAAUAUCAUCCUGAAUCUAUUUGUUCUGACAAGGGUAAUGAAUUGAUCAAGAGAUUUACCAAGCUUGCCAAAGAAUAUAAUGAACAUUUCAGAACGGAAUCCUUAGUCAACAUGAAUGGGAAUAGUCCCUCUGUCUCGUUAAAUGGACAUGCGGUUCAUGAAGAUUAUUUACUUGCAGGUGGGAAGUUGAUUUCAAACCAGUUAGAUCAUAUUUAUUUCAAGAAAUUCACCUUACCUCAUGACAUCACUCCAGUUGAUGUAUGUGAUCAUUUUCAUAAACUUGACGAAGGUGAAUCCAAUUUCAUAUUAUUAAAUUCUGCCUCAUUCCCAGGUGAAUGGUCAAUCAUUGGGUUACCUAUUGAAAAUCAAAGUGAAAUCAUUACCCAUUCUGUUGACGAUUUGCAUAGAGUAUAUUUAUCCACGUAUAAAUCGACAACUCGCUCGGAAAUUGUGGAUCUUGAAGAGCAUGAAACUGCAUGGAAUGUAUUAGCGCGUCGAAUUCAGGAGAAAUAUGUCAGCAGAGAUGUGAUAAAACUGAAGAUUUCGGAAUAUCCUACUUCUCGUGAAUUACCAUUUUUUGGAGGAUAUCUUGGUAUUGUGUCUUAUGAAGAAGGACAGCAUAUCGUCAUUGAUAAAUUGGAAUCUAUAUGUGGAUCUAAGAGUACUCCAGAUUUAAAGGUUAUCUAUAUCGAAAGAAUGAUUGUAUAUGACCAUGUUACUAAAGAUUGGUUUGUGAUUUCUAUUAAUUCUAAAGAUGAUUCGGAGUGGGGAAACACCUUGGUUGAUAAUUUAUUGGACUCCAAUCUCAAGAUUAAUUUAGAUGACGUAGCCACGUCUGUCAAAUAUUUAGCAAAAGAGGAAGAUUCAGAUGUGAUUAAGUUUGAAUUACCAAGUCAAGAGAUCUACGAGCAACAAUUUAAUAAAUGUCAAGAUUAUUUACAUUCAGGUAAUUCUUAUGAAUUGUGUCUUACCACCCAACUGAAAAUUCAUCUUCCUUCAUACAUUAAUCCUUGGGAUAUUUAUAAGGUCCUUACCCUUCACAAGAACCCAUCUCCAUUUUCAUGUUUUAUGGAAUUUGAUGAUUGUUGUUUGAUAUCUUCUUCUCCGGAAAGAUUUUUGUCCUGGAAAGACAACACUAAUGAACCAGAUACAAAAUUAGUAGAAUUGAGACCUAUUAAAGGUACUGUGAAAAACACUGAUGAUGUCAAUCUCGAAAUCGCCACCAAGAUCCUCAAGACCCCAAAAGAAAUGGGAGAAAAUUUGAUGAUUGUAGAUUUGAUCAGGCACGACUUAUAUCAAUUCACUGACCAUGUGUGUGUUUCACAAUUAAUGAAGGUGGAAGAAUAUAAGACUGUAUUUCAGCUCGUGAGUGUCAUUCAAGGAAAAUUGGCUAGUCGGGGAUAUCAUGGUAUUGAUAUCUUACGAAGUUCACUACCACCUGGUUCUAUGACUGGUGCGCCUAAGAAGAGGUCUGUUGAAUUAUUGCAAGAUAUUGAAUCGAUGCAGGAGGCUGUUUCUGGUGGGAGGAGAGGUAUAUAUAGUGGUGUGGUUGGAUAUUGGAGUAUAACUGAUGAUUCUGAUUGGUCAGUGAUUAUCCGGUCUGUAUUCCAUUAUGCUAAUGAUGUUGAGAAUACGAGUGAGGUGAAUCUUUGGAGAAUUGGUGCUGGUGGGGCCAUUACGGUGUUGAGUGAAUUAGAAGGUGAAUGGGAUGAGAUGUUAUUGAAAUUGCAAAGUGCAUUACAAGCAUUUAAAUAA